AAAGCAAACUUGUUGAAAUAAACAAAUAUCGAUUGCAGCUAUGGGUUCAAUGAAUAACCAAAAUGCAAUGGAGCUCUUUGAGGGUCAAGCUCUUUUGUACAUGCAGCUACAAGGCCACCUAAGAACUACGUGUCUUAAGUGGGCUGUCCAACUUGGUAUUCCAGACAUAAUACAGAACCAUUCCAAACCCAUUACUCUUUCUAACUUAGUCUCUACUCUCCAAAUUCCACCAUCUAAGGCUUGUUUUGUGCAGCGGUUCAUGCGCUUUUUGGCACACAAUGGAAUAUUUGAUAUCCAUGAGAGACAAGAAGAUCAUGAACCAACAUAUGCUCUCACCUCUGCUUCAAAGCUUCUUGUCAGUGGCAGUGAUCACUGUUUAUCUCCAAUGGUUCUGUUGAAAACUGAUCAACUUCUGACGAGUACAUUCCAUCAGUUGGGGGAAUGGACUCGUGGGGAGGACGCCACAUUAUAUGAGACAGCCUUCGGAACAAACAUUUGGGAAUUUUUUGAGAAAACACCUGCAUAUUUUAGUCUCUUCAAUGAGGCUAUGGCAAGUGAUUCCCGAAUGGUAGACUUGGCACUCAAAAAUUGCACUUCAGUUUUUGAGGGGCUCGAUUCCAUGGUGGAUGUUGGUGGUGGAACUGGAACCACAGCCAGAAUUAUCUGUGACGCAUUUCCUAAGUUGAAAUGUGUUGUGUUCGACCUUCCUCACGUUGUAGCAAACUUGCUAGGAACCAAUCAUUUAAGUUUUAUUGGUGGUGACAUGUUCAACUCUAUCCCUCAAGCUGAUGCAGUGCUACUAAAGUGGAUUUUACAUAACUGGAAUGAUGAAAAUUGCAUAAAGAUCCUGGAAAAGUGUAGAGAUUCUAUUUCAAGCAAAGGCAACAAAGGAAAAGUGAUCAUCAUAGAUGCAGUAAUAAAUGAAAAGCUAGACGACCCGGAUGUGACUCAAGCAAAGCUUGGUUUGGAUAUAAUUAUGUCUGCUAUGAAUGGGAAAGAGCGAAGUGAAAAAGAAUGGAAACAAGUGUUCAUGGAAGCAGGAUUCAAACACUACAAAAUAUUUCCCAUCUUUGGUUUCAGAUCUCUGAUUGAGCUUUAUGCUUAAAUAUGUUUAUCAUGUGUGUAUCGUACUAAACGUGUUAUAUAUAUGUUUUUACAUGCAUCCUUAGACAUUGUUGUAAUGCAUUUAAUAGCUUGCAUGUUGUGAGUUGGAUAAAACUAAGAUGGUAUUGUCAACUUCUGGUGGAAUUAUAUUAUGUUCCUCACCUGUUAAACUUAAAUAUUUUGUGUAUCGAUUUCUCAUUAUUAUUUGGUCAAAAUAAAUUGAAUGAACAUGUAAUGGAUUUAAAAGUAUA